GCCUUGGAGGCUUUGACCAGAGGUUGCGUCCUUGUUUUCAAUUUUCAUUGAUUCAUUCAUUAAUCAUUGCCUUACCACUUUAAUUGCGAUCUUUACUCCCACACAAUGCCGCCACCGCCGCCGCCGCCUCCGGCAUAUCCAGAUUCCGGCGCCACCUCCGCUCCCUCGCUGGUCAGAAAUUAUCGCGUCUGGCAAGGCAGUAACGUAUUUCUUUGUGGAGGGAGGCUUAUUUUUGGACCUGAUGUGAAAUCUAUAUUUAUAUCGAUAUUUCUGAUUGUUCUCCCGGUGGCUAUGUUCUGUGGUAUGGUAGCAAGGAAACUGUUAGAUGAUUUUCCUCAUCACACCGGAUGGUCAAUAAUGGCUGUGCUUAUGGCUCUCACACUCUUCGUUCUGAUCACCCUUGUAGUGACCUCUGCAAGAGAUCCUGGCAUAGUACCUCGUAAUGCCCAGCCUCCGCAGCCAGAUGACCAUCAUGGGACUGAUAAUAGCAACAAUAGGCAAAUUUCAUUGUCACGAUUUCCACGAACAAAGGAUGUAAUUCUCAAUGGUAUAACAUUGAAAGUCAAAUAUUGUGAUACUUGCAUGCUCUACAGACCCCUCCGCGCUUCUCAUUGUUCAGUCUGUGAUAACUGCGUGGAGCGAUUUGAUCACCACUGCCCAUGGGUUGGUCAGUGUAUUGGACUGCGAAAUUACAGGUUCUACUACAUGUUUGUUUUCUCUGCCACUCUGCUUUGCUUAUAUGUACAUGCCUUUUGCUGGGUCUACAUCGUGAAGAUCAAGGACUCCGAGGCAAUAUCAAUUUGGAAAGCAAUGUCCAAAACUAUAGCAUCCAUCGUAUUAAUAGUUUACACCUUUCUUUGUUCCUGGUUUGUUGGUGGUCUCACUAUUUUCCACACGUACCUCAUCAGCACAAACCAGUCUACUUAUGAAAAUUUUAAAAACCGGUAUGACCCACAAACCAACCCAUAUAACAGAGGGAUGGUUAACAACUUCAAAGAAGUAUUCUGCACCAGAAUUCCUCCAUCCAAGAAUAAUUUUAGGUCUAAGGUUCCAAGGGAGCCCUUAGAAUCAUAUCAAAGAACGGGUAUUAGGCCCUUAAGCCCAAUGAUGAAAAGAAGAACCAGAACCAGAAGUAUGGAAUUAGUAGGGAAUGCAGUUUAUAAUGAGCAAGACGAGGAGGAAAGUAAUUAUAGAGAUGGAUUCGACAAUGAAGCACGUAGCAAAGAUAGUGGAUUGACCGAUAAGUCCCUGGAUUUAAGCAGGAUCCUUCACACGGAAGGAGUGGAGGGAGAAGAAAGUUCAAUUAGACACCAUCAAUGGGAAGGAACUACAGAAGUUCAGGACAGCAUAACAGAAGUUGGGGAAUCAAAUUCGGCUACUGCGCCUAAUUGCUCAACUAGAGAAGUUGUAUAGUACACACUGCACAGUGUGAGCCUGUCAGGACAAAUUUAAAGAUGUAAAUUUGAAGUUCAAACGAGAGUAAUGAGACAAUUUUACAGAUGUAAAUUAAAAGUUCAAACGAGUAAUUAAGAGUGUUCAUAGAUUGGAUUGAUUUGAUUAAUUUGUUAAAGUUCAAAGUGUAUUAAGUCGCUCCCGCAAACAUUUGCCAAUGAUAUAAAACAGUGAAAACCAUUGAAAA